AUGGCUGACCCCUGCUGCUCUACGACUUGUGUUAUUGCCGCGUCCACCCUGUCUGUCUGCUCCAGCGACCUGAGCCGUGGCAGCCUCGUCUGCUCACCCAGUGCUUGCACUGGAUCCUCCUGGCAGGUGGACAGUUGCCAAGAGAGCUGCUGUGAGCCCCCGUGCUGUGCCCCAGCCCCCUGCCUGACCCUCCUGUGCGGCCCCUCCUCCCCCUGCCAGGGAGACUGCUGCACCCCUGCGUGCUGCAAGCCCGUCUGCUGCACCCCUGUGUGCUGCGAGGACUCCCCUUGCUCAGCCCCCUCCUGCUGCCAGCCCAGCCCCUGCUGCAGACCCUCCUCCUGCGUGUCCCUGCUCUGCCGCCCCGUGUGCAGGCCCGCCUGCUGCACCCCUGUCUGCUGCAAGCCCACCUGCUGCACCCCUGUGUGCUGCAAGCCCGUCUGCUACACCCCUGUCUGUUGCAAGCCCGUGUGCUGCACCCCUGUCUGUUGCGAGGACUCCCCCUGCUCACCCCCCUCCUGCUGCCAGCCCAGCCCCUGCUGCAGACCCUCUUCCUGCGUGUCCCUGCUCUGCCGCCCUGUGUGCAGGCCCGCCUGCUGCACCCCUGUGUGCUGCAAGCCUGUCUGCUGCACCCCUGUGUGCUGCGAGGACUCCCCCUGCACAACCUCUUCAUGCUGCCAGCCCGUCUGCUGCACCUCCUCCCCCUGCCAGGAAGACUGCUGCACCCCCGUGCACUGCAAGCCCGUGUGCUGCACCCCUGUCUGCUGCAAGCCCGUCUGCUGCACCCCUCCCAGCCCCUGCUGCAGACCCUCCUCCUGCGUGUCCCUGCUCUGCCGCCCCGUGUGCAGGCCCGCCUGCUGCACCCCUGUCUGCUGCAAGCCCACCUGCUGCACCCCUGUGUGCUGCAAGCCCGUCUGCUACACCCCUGUCUGUUGCAAGCCCGUGUGCUGCACCCCUGUCUGUUGCGAGGACUCCCCCUGCUCACCCCCCUCCUGCUGCCAGCCCAGCCCCUGCUGCAGACCCUCCUCUUGCGUGUCCCUGCUCUGCCGCCCCAUGUGCAGGCCUGCCUGCUGCGCCCCUGCCUCCUCCUGCUGCACCCCUGCCUCCCCCUGCCGGCCCAGCUGCUGCUGUCCGGCCUCCUGCGUGUCCCUGCUCUGCCGCCCCGCGUGCCCCCAUCCUGCCUGCUGCGGCCCCGCCUCAGGCCAGUCCUGCUGCUGA